GGACUGGACCGUCACGACCGACGAGAAGGAUUCCUGGGCCAACAAGGAGCGACGCAGGAGUUCGGUGUGGGGAAAGUUGGAGUUGGUUCCGUAUGUGUCUGAAUCUCUCGUUCUCGCUGUUUUUCUCGCUCCAUGUAUUGAUUGCCGCGAUGUUGAGUGAGUGGGGCAACGCUGAUGCUGGGAUGAUAUGUAUAGGUCCGCAACAUCCCCGAAAAAGAAGAACUUCAUGACCGCUGGUGGUCAACCGAGACGAGGCAGUAUCCUGAGUAUGUGGGAGGGGGGAAAGGAUAAGGAUGGACGGGAUAUCCUGGCGCAUGAUGAUCAUAGCGAUGAGGAAGAGGAGAGUGUUGGGUCUCCAAUGAGUAAUGAAGAGGAACAGGGGAAGGCGAGCCUGGAGAGGGAACGCAGGGGCAGCAUCUUGAGCAUUUGGAGGAAGGGGAAGGAUGAGCAUGGCAAUCAUGCUAUUGUUCAUGACGAUGAGGAAUACUCGCAGGCGGAUCGUCUUCCGAGUCGGACCAGCUCGGAUAGUGCAAGUCGACCUAAACAGCGGGAGGAGUUGCCGACCAGUAGUUUCUUUGUUUGAUGGGAUGUUUUGUUGUAUUGUCGUUUUUGAAUUGAUGGGAUGGG